UCAAUUUUUUCUUAAAUGAUAUUUAAUUACCAGUUUUUCCUGCCAGCUGGAAUUCUCGGAGUAUGUUCUAAGAAGAAGAAUAACUGUGUGAUCGUGGCCUACCUGGUCAUGUCAAUCUUGGCCGCCAUCCUAGCAGCCUUCUUGUGUGUCAUGGAGAUAUUUACAGCCGUUCAAAGCGUAGAUGUCGUCUGCCAAAAUUAUUUCCCCGACUAUCGUAAUGACGGAGAAGCUGGAGCAUUCUACCACACCUGUUACCCCGUACGCCUCAAGGGUCUCACUGCCAUCCGCUCCUUGAUUGCUAUCCUGAUGUUCGCCGAGUUCGUCGUCGCCAUCGUAGCUUGUGUCGUCUGUUACGGUGGUCUUAACGGCUGUUGCGCUCGACCCCCUACUCAACAGACCAACGACAACCGCAUGGCGUUCUACCCUCAGAGUGGCAUUCAACCUAUCCAAGCUCAGAUGGGAGCCCACGUUGUACAGGGAAGCGAGCUGCCUGCCAAGGCCUAGAAUGGACAAGAGCGGGCGCACUCUCAUUUUGGAAACGUACUCGCAUCAAUCGACGACACAUUCCCCCUGUAAUCUUACAUAUUGCUCCCCUGUUGAUGCUAACUUAAUUCGUUAUGUUUUAAAGUUUUAAUAUUGAGCUCUUUGUUCACAAAUGUCAAACUUGAGAACAAAAAAAGAUAGGAAUAGAACUUGUUUUUUAAAAGAAACAUCUUGAAGCUUCAAACAUUAAUUCUAUAUCAUAUUCAAUUUAAUAUUGUAAGUACGGUAAUGCAGUUUAUCAUUCAGUAAAUUUCUCUAAAAUACAAAUGAAUUGUUGCCUUUUUCCCAUUAUUGCAUUAUGUUCUUUGAAAUGUGAGUUAAAUUAUUCACAUUAACCUUUGUGGCCAUUUAAUAGUUGGGUCACAUGUAAACAUGUACAUAUAUAUAGUAUAUUUGAAUUGUGCAUUUUCAUUUUGCAAAUGUAUUUGUUCUAGUUUGAGUGCAAUUUAAGCAAAUUUUACAUAUUUAUAAUUAUAUUCUAGGGCAGAAAAGUAGAAAACAGACCACUAUGGUAAUGGUAAUGGUUGUACUACAAACUAUAUGUAGUAAAGAGAAAUGCACAAAGAUAAAAAGUUGCAACAUAUAAUAGUAGCGACCCGGAAGAUACAGAAUUGAGAGUUGUAUGAUCCUUUUCUCAUAUCUUGCACCCAUACAGGUGGAAAUUUGCACCUUUUGAGAUUCAAUGCUGCACCCUGUUUUUAUACCCGCUUCACUUUUGAUUGCGUAAUAACAAAGCAAUGUGUUCCAUUUUACUUUUUGCAUUAUCUUGUGUGGUAUCAUGUUCACAUAGCGUGUCAUGUGAUGCGUCAGUCAAAUGACGCAACAGACCUAAAUCACUCUGCGCCUCCAGGGUGCAACUUUCCACAAUUGUGAGGUGCAUCUAAAUUAUGGAGCAUAUUGAGGGUGAUGUUUUUGUACAGUUGAUGCCCCUUCUAUUUCUGGUAUGGUUACUAUACAUUUAUACACACGUUGUUGCUUAAUACACUUUUUAAGUUGAUAACAUUGAUAACAUCGUGCGUCAAUUGUAUUUGUACUCACAGCAUUAUUUUGAUGUUUGAAUGUAAAUAAACACCUCAUUAGAGGCACACA